AUGAGCUUCACAACCCUUCGGCCCCGGCCCUCCCUCCUCACCUCCCUCCAAAACCUCACCCUCACCACCACUCCCACCACCGCAACCCGCGCCUUCUCAACCUCCACCCCCCUCGCCACAAAAACAAUCUCCCUCCAAAAGAUCCCAACCUCCGCCGUACCCCCCUACCCCCACGGCCCCCGCCUCCUCUACAAACAAUCAAACCACGGCCUCUACGGCACCUCCCGCAUCCGCCACGGCCACAACGUCUCCCCGAAACACCACCAAGUCACCCCCCGCACCUGGCGCCCCAACGUCCACCGCAAGCGCCUCUGGUCCGAGUCCCUGGGCGCCUGGGUCCGCACCCGCCUCACCACCCGCGUCCUGCGCACAAUCCGCAAGGAGGGCGGCAUCGACGCCUACGUGACAAAGACAAAGGCCGCGCGCGUCAAGGAGCUGGGACCGGGGGGAUGGAAGCUGAGGUGGCUUGUUAUGCAGACGGCUACCUUCCGGGAGAGGUACGUCGCUGAGAGGGAGACGCUCGGCGUCGAGGGGGAGAUGAGGGAGGAUCAGACGGAUUUGGUCACCGUCAUGGUCGAUGCUGCUACGCCGGGGCCCCUGAGCGCUGUCAGCAGGGGGAUUCUCGAGAAGAGAGCUGCGCAGAUGAUUUUGGAGGAGUUUACGCUGGGCGAGGAGGCCGAGUUUGGGGCUGAGGAUGGCGAGGGGUACGAGGACGUUCAUGUGCCUGGUAUCGGAGAGCCUGUCACUGAGCAGAGGAUAUGA